CUCCUGGCCCUCGGCAGCUCUGAACAGCUGCAUGGAAGGUGGGUUGGAGUUGGUGGAGGUUGGCUCAGCGCUGCCCUGACAGGGCUGUUGUGAAAGUGUGUGUGUGUGUGUGUGUAUAGGCUGAACAAGAAUGCAGUGACAGGUCUGGACCUGAACUUCCGCAUUGAGCAGGAAGGAGUCAACAAAGUCAGGCAGGCAGAUGCCGUCCACAUCAACGCAGCCCGCACUGAAGCUGUCGAACUUUUACUUUAGAGAAAAAUCAUUUUCGCCCGAUCUGAUGGUUGGACUUUGAAACUGACUUGGUAAAUCAGGGACCAACACAGUGGACAAGAUGGAUGACCUUGACGCCAUGUUCAGUGACCUCCUGGGGGAGAUGGACCUCCUCACACAGAGCCUUGAACAGGAGUCUGCGUCUCUGCCCACCACCAGCACCAAGAAGAAGAAGAAGGAGGAGGAGGAGGAGGAGGAGGAGGAGGCCAACUUCUCCAUCGGCUUCACCGACCUGAACGAGUCCCUGCUUGAGCUGGAGGACAAUGAUCUGGACGCCCUCAUGGCCGAUUUGGUCGCUGACCUGAGCGCAACAGAAGAGAAACUCGCAGCAGAGAUAGAAGGACUGAAAGUCCCAUCACCAACGCCUCUGCCGUCAGGCCUGCCGGCGCCACCACCUAAAGUUCUUACUUCCUCUUCCAGUGAUUCACCAGCAUCACCAGCGAGCAGCAGCUUUCACACCCCCACCUCCUCUAUCACCUCCCCUUUACCACCUCCUCCCCCACAGGCCACCAAACCAACUAAGGAGGAAAUCGAGGCUCAGUUGAAGGCAGACAAAAUCAAGUUGGCGCUGGAGAAGCUGAAGGAAGCCAAAGUGAAGAAGUUGGUGGUCAAAGUGCUCAUGAACGACGGCAGCUCCAAGACUCUGAUGGUGGACGAGAGGCAGACGGUCAGGGAAGUUCUGGACAACUUGUUUGAGAAAACUCACUGUGACUGUAGUGUGGCCUGGAGUUUGUUUGAGACCAACCCGGAGCUGCAACUUGAGCGGUCAUUUGAGGACCACGAGAACCUGGUGGAGCCCCUGCUGGCCUGGACCAGGGACACCGAGAACCAAAUCCUCUUUAAAGAAUGGAAGCAGAAAUACGAGGUCUUCAAAAACCCACAGACGUUUUAUUUGUGGAAAAAGGACAAGAAAACUCUCAAAGACAUUAACAAUAAAGACAAAGAGAUACUGGUGCAGGAGAACUUUUGCGGGUCUUCCAUCAUCGUUCCUGACCUGGAGGGGGUGCUGUACCUCAAAGAAGACGGCAAGAAGCACUGGAAGCAGCGUCUCUUCCAACUGAGGGCCUCGGGAAUUUAUUACGUGCCCAAAGGAAAGACCAAGUCGUCUCGUGACCUCAUCUGCUUCCUGCAGUUGGACAACGUCAACAUCUACUAUGGCAGCGACUUCAAGAGCAAACACAAGGCUCCCACUGACUUCUGUUUUGUCCUCAAGCAUCCUCAGAUCCAGAAGGACUCUCAGUACAUCAAGUACCUGUGCUGUGACGACAUCACCAGCCUGAACCUGUGGGUGACAGGAAUAAGGAUCGCUAAGUACGGAGCAACGUUGUACAACAAUUUUAAAGCUGCAGAGAAGAAGGCGGUGGUUGACGCGGCCUGGACGAACCGCUGCACGCCAUCCAGCUCCGAACAGUCGACACCUUCGCCGACUGUGAAAGCCAAAUCACUGAAUCAGGCCAAUGGUCACGCUACCACGAUUCAAAAUGAACCAGAAUCAAAGGACUUUGGAAACAUCCCACCUCCCCCGCCACUACUUUCAUCAUCAUCCAACAUCCUCCCACCACCACCCCCAGACCCAGCCUUUCCUCCUCCACCUCCUCCAGACCCAGCCUUUCCUCCCCCACCUCCUCCAGACUCAGCCUUUCAUCCUCCACCCCCUCCUGCAAUGGACCUCCCUCCUCCACCUCCGCCUCCUCCUGAAGAGGACUCUAUCGAUGCUCCACCAAACUUCCUCCCACCACCACCACCCGCCGUUGGUUCGAUGCUUCCACCUCCUCCUCUUUCUCCGUACUCAGGCAGAUCCUUACCACCACCUCCACCGCCUUCUUGUUUCAAAGGCUUCAACCAAUCUCUGCCUCCUCCACCUCCUGAUCCAGGGUUUUUACCACCCCCUCCUCCUCCGCAGCCAUUAAUGACAGCAGGUGGGGUACCACCACCACCUCCUCCUCCACCACCACCUCCUCCACCUGCUGCUGCGUCUCCUACAGCAGCCCCUAGACCAUCCCUGCGCCCUGUUGGAUCAGUGAAGAAAAUGCCUCCCGCUCCACCUAAGAGGACUACACCAACGCUGGGAGGAGGAGGUGGCGGUGGAGGAGGAGACGGUGGUGACCUCAUGUCAGAACUGAUGCUCGCCAUGCAGAAGAAACGUGGAAAUAAUUAACCCAUAAACUCCCGGCCUUGAAACACUUCUCGAUAUUCCACAGUUUUUGUUAAAUCUUUAGGAAAACAAUUGAUAAUAUGCUAUUGUUUUAAUAAAAUUGUAAAUAUUGUCAUGUUUAACAGGGAGAAUAGGAUUUUUUUUAUUGUUAUUAUUUCAAGCAACUUCCAGUAAAUAUCUAUUUUUAUUCCCCGGUGGGAAAAAAAAAAAAAAAAAAAAAAAAAAACGACAAAAAUGAAAGUAAUUUCUCACAGGACUGAAUCAGCGGGUGUUUCUCUCAUUGAUCUGCUGCCAUUGGUCGUUUAAAGGCACAUGACAUAUGACGAACAUCUGUGUUAAAUCAGUCCCAGCCUCCAACAGUUGUCCUGCUGUGAGCAAACGGCACCAGUAUAAAAAAAGGAGAGUGUUUUUGCCUUUAUUUCUGUCAAAUAUAAAAAUCACGUGUGUGUUUUUUUCAGACUGUUUGUGUUUCAUACCGAUUUAAACACCAAAGAUAACUGAAGCUAUAAGAAAUGUCUUUGUUUUUUAUUUUAUUUUAAUUAUUUUCAGGCU